AUGAAGGAGAUCAUCUCUCGCGUCCAGGCAGCCGACAUCAGCCUCCCGGCGUUCCUCGGAUCGACAGCCGAGUCCACUGGCCCGGUCGCCGGGCCCAAGGCGUCCGGCCCUUCCGUUGCCCAGUCUUCGGCCGUCCAGACCCCGGGCGCCGGGUCGCAGGCCGUUUCCCGCCGGGCACCGGCUGCCGGGCAGGCCGCCCACCAGGUCCCCGUGCAGCCGCUCAUCGCUUCGAAUGGUGCGCUUUCCCCGGCCCCCGUCUCGCCGCAGCCGCAGCCGCGGCCGCAACCGCAGCCGCAGCCGCAACCACAAUCGCAGCCGCGGUCGCACCCGCAGCCGCAAUCACAGCAGCAGCAGCAGCAGCUGUUGCAGCGGCACCUCGUCCAGCAGCAGGCCCAGCCGCAGCAGGCUCAGCGGUCGCCCACCUCUCCCGGCGUUGCGGCGCCGGGCUCCCCCUCGGCCAUGGGCCCCACCUCUCCGUCCCUGCUUGAUCGCCUGAUGAAUUACGCCACCGGCGAGUCGCAUGUGGAUCAAAACCGGGAGGUGGUCUUCCUGCGGUCCGAAAAUCGCGAGCUCCGGUCGGUCCUGCAGCAGCGGAACGGCGAAAUCAACAACAUGCGCGUGUACAUGGAAAGCCUGCUGUCUCGGAUCCCGGCGGAGAUCCUGCAGGCGGCCCUCGACGCGGCCCCCCCUCCCUCCGGCCUGGUGACCCCGACAUCCAGCCAGCCCGCCUCGCCGAGCCUCCCAUCUGCUGGCGGCCAGGAGCCCGGUGCGCCAUCCGCCCCCGGCUCCCCCCUGGUGGUUGACACCACGCCUGUCCAUGAUGCCCCAGCCACUGGUGGCAAGGUGGCCGACGACCAGGCCACUAGCUCCAAGGCCGCUGCCCCCAAGGCCCCCGGCGCCCCGGCCGCCGAGGCCCCGGUCUCUGCGGCUGCUGUGCCGACGUCCCCGGCCGACCCCACUGCCGCGCCGGCUCCGGCUCCGGCUCCGGCCACCCCGGGCUCCAAGAAGAAGGGCGCCAAGGGGUCGAAGAAGUAGGCGCCCGGCUGCAUGCGCAUGUGCCUCGCAUGGGUUGGGCAGUGCGCCCUGCCUUGUGCCAUAUCCCCGAGGCCGGUUGCCCCCUCCCCUGCCCUCGCCGGGGCCGGCGUCCGGCGGCCCAUGCGUGCACGUUGGCCAUUUUUCCGAGCAGCACUCUCUUCCGCAAAAAAUCCCCCCCCCUCCCCCUCCCAUAAAACCUCCAAACAGAAUACACCACCCGAACUAAGGCAGA